CUAUAACCUAACUAUAAUACUAUACUCCUACUAUAAUACAUAUUCAACUACCUAACCUAAUUACAAUACUAUACGUAAAUUUUUGGCUGGCAACUUCAAAAAAAAAAAAAAAACGAAAUUGAUUAAACUCCAACUCCAACUCUAAAACCCUCAUCUUCCCCUAUAAAUAAUAGGCCAGAACCUGCGUUUUCUUCAUCCCAAAAACUAAGAAAUAUACAUAUAUACGUAUUUAUAUAUAUUUUUACGACCCAGCGUUUUAGCCAGAAACAAGCCCUGAAAAUACUUCUCAAACCUUCCCCUUCGUGAUACGAAUCCAACGGAAAAAGAAUCGUCGAAAACGGUCGUGAAACGAGGGAGAAAAGCCUCGCCGGAGUUUCGCCGGAGAAAAGCUUUUCGACGGAAAACGGAGAAGAGGGAGGGGCUGCCACUUCCGCCAAUCCACCACCGUCAUUCGCCGUCCCGAGAGGAGUGCACCGCUACCCCGUUGGCCGUUUCCGACGAGAGUCAUGCCGCCGAGAAGAGACAUCCAUGCGACCCCAACUGUCGACGAGCUGGCCCAAACUGUCCAGCGAAUGGCGCAGCUCAUCGGAGCAGCUCAACCUCAAAACCCUGGGAUCGACUACGCAACAAAGGUAGCCGGACGGAACCCUCCAAAAUACUUGGGCGAGGAGGACCACCUUAUCUUGGAGGACUGGAUCCGCACCUUCGACAAGCUCUUUGAUUCACUGAAUUGCCCGUCGGAGCAACGGGUGAAUAUUGUGGUGUAUUAUCUGCACCAAGAAGCGGACCACUGGUGGGCCGCCAACGGACCAGCACUUCUCGGGCAACCGGGUUUCGAUUGGGAGGACUUCAUAGUAGCAUUGCGGGAUCGCUUCUACCCAGAUCACGUGAAGGAAGCAAAUUAUGAAGAAUUUGUCAACUUUAAACAAGGUGACCUGACUAUUCAGGAGUACCACACGAAAUUCGUUCAACUGGCACGUUUUGCCAAGGACCUGGUGUCGACAGAGGCCAGUAUGACCCGCAGGUUUGUUAACGGGCUUAAUUUCGGGGCCCAAAAGUUCGUGACAGUAGCGGAGCCGCGGAACUUGAACGAAGCUUAUAGAAAGGCUGGUAAGUACUAUCUAGUACACCAGAAGGAGAGAGAAGCCCAUAAGAGAGAUCGGAAGAAUGCUGAGGUGGAUCAGCAACAAAAGAAGGCCAGAACCGACCGCCCGGAGCAAAGACAAAUCAAUCAAGGUGGAGGAAAUUUCCAAAACCAGGGGCAGGGCAGAAACCAGCCAACUCAGAUGCGACACCAUAGAUGCAAAUUAUGCCCAAACAACCAUCCCGGGAAGGAUUGUGCGGGAAAUGCGGUGAGGUGUCGCAACUGUAACCUCUUGGGACAUCGGGCAUACGAGUGCAGGAAACCCACGAACCAGGGACAAAACCAGGGAAACAACCAAGCCGAGGGUGGGGUUAAUCAUGCCAACAACAACCGUGGUAAUCCUGGAAACCGCCCAGCGGAGGCCAACCGUAAUCCGGGCCAGGGAGGGCAGAACAACACCCAAGGCCGGAUUUACGUCAUGAACCAGGCUCAAGCAAAUGCGCACGAUGUGGUGUCAG